AUGGCUGCCACGCUGGAGGAGAAGACACGGAUCGGAGAGCCCAGGCCCCACGGGAGCGACUCGACACUCCCCAAAAAUGAAGGCAUCGAGGCAGCCAGUGCCGCGCCCGAGCCCAAGCCCGAUGAGCCGCAGGAGAUGACUGGCUGGCAAGCUUACUGGAGGAUAUUUCGGUAUGCUGGUACGUUCGAGUACGGCCUCCAAGGCAUCGCCACGGUGGCCGCCGUUGCCUCGGGCGCUGGUGUCGCCCUCCAGAACCUCAUCUUUGGCCAGUUCGUCACGGUAAUUGUGGACUUUACGUCGGGUGCCUCGUCGCCCUCUGCCUUUCGUGGCGACGCCGCCCGACUCGCGCUGUACUUUGUCUACCUCGGCAUCGCCCGUUUCUUCCUGACGUACACCUUCAACGUCCUGCUCACCUUUUCCGCGUACCGGAUGGUGCGAAACAUCCGCCACGAGUACAUCCGCUCGGCGCUGUCGCAGGAGGUGGCCUACUACGACUUUGGCACGGGGGGCUCCAUCGCGACGCAGGCCACGUCCAACGGCAAGCUCAUCCAGGGCGGUGUCGCGGAAAAGUUUGGCCUCACCGUCCAAGGUCUCUCCACGUUCAUCACGGCGUUCAUCAUCGCGUUUGUGACCAACGCCAGGCUCACGGGCAUCUGCCUGUGCAUCGCGCCCGCCACCAUCGCGGUCAUGGGCGUCGUGUCCUUCAUCGAGGCCGGCCACGAGACCAAGAUUCUCGAAAUCUACUCCCAGGCCAACUCCUUCGCCGAGGGUGUCCUCGCCAGCGCCCGGACGGUCCACGCCUUUGAGAUGCGCGCGCGGCUCGUCCGAAAAUUCGACACGUACCUCGAGGAGGCACACCACGUCGGCCACAAGAUCUCGAUGCUCUUUGGGCUCAUGUUCUCGGCCGAGUACACCAUCAUCUAUCUAGGGUUUGCGCUCGCCUUUUGGCAGGGCGUCCGUAUGCUGGCCAAUGGCGAAAUCACCGAGUCCGGCGACGUCUUUACGGUUCUGCUGUCCGUCGUCAUCGGUGCCCUCAGCCUGACCAUGCUGGCGCCGUACUCCAUCGACUUCACGCGAGCCGCCUCGGGUGCCGCGCAGCUCUUUGUGCUCAUUGACCGCCCGUCGCAGAUCAACCCCUUCAACGAGGCGGGAGAGGCUCCCUCCUCCGUCAGGGGCCACAUUGAGCUGCGAAAUGUGCACUUUUCAUACCCAACGCGACCGGGCACUACGGUCCUGGACAAUUUCACCCUCAACGUCCCUGCUGGCAAGGUCACCGCGCUCGUUGGACAGAGCGGCUCCGGCAAGAGUACUAUUGUCGGGCUUCUCGAGAGGUGGUAUACUCCCACGUCCGGGAGCAUCAAGCUUGACGGCCGAGCCAUUGAGUCACUCAACGUCAACUGGCUGCGAAGGAAUGCACGCCUGGUCCAGCAAGAGCCUGUCCUUUUCCAAGGGUCUGUCUACGACAACAUUGCCCACGGUCUAGUUGGCACGUCCCUGGAACGGGCCCCACGCGAGGAGAAGAUGGCUCGGGUCAUGGAGGCCGCCCAGCUCGCCUUUGCGCACGACUUUGUCUCCGAGCUGCCGCAGGGAUACGACACCAACAUUGGUCAGCGCGGCAGCCUCCUAUCCGGCGGACAGAAGCAGCGUGUCGCCAUUGCCCGUGCCGUCGUCUCACAGCCCAAGAUCCUCCUCCUCGACGAGGCCACGAGCGCGCUCGACCCUCACGCUGAGGGCGUGGUCCAGCAAGCACUCGAUCGCGCCUCCGAGGGCCGCACCACGAUUGUCAUCGCCCACAAGCUAGCGACGAUCCGCAAGGCUGAUAACAUUGUCGUCAUGACCAAGGGACAGAUUGUCGAGCAGGGUACCCAUGAAGGACUGAUUGCCCAGGACGGAGCGUACGCUCGCCUCGUCAGGGUGCAGAGCUUAACCAUGUCCAACAGUGCGGAAGGCAAGAAAAUCGAUGAAGACGCUUCGACCUCGGACGAGGAGAACGUGGACCCUGCCGAUCUGACAAAAUCAUUGACGCGGUACGCGACCGAGCAACAAGCCAGGAUGGAGGCCCAGAAAGAACGCGACAACUACGAGCGGUACAAAGAGCAGAGCUUCCUCACCGUGGUCUGGCGUCUGAUCAUCGAGAACCCCCAGGUCAAGUGGUCCUUUUUCAUGGCAUUCCUCGGUUGCGUGGGUGCCGCGGCCGCCUUUCCCGGCCAGGCCAUCCUCAUGGCGAACAUGGUGGACGUCUUCAAGCUGCAAGGCGCCGCCAUGGCGUCACGCGGCGACUUCUUUGCCACCAUGUACAUUGUCCUCGCCGCGGGCUGUCUGCUCACCUACUUUGCGCUCGGCUACUCGACCAACACCGUCUCCCAGUCUCUGACACACAAGUUCCGUCGUCAGUUGUUCAACGACAUGCUGCGUCAAGACCUGCAGUUCUUUGACCGCCCGGAGAACAAUGUGGGUGCCUUGACGAGCCGCGUUGAUUCCAACCCCCAGGCCGUCCUCGAGCUCAUGGGGUUCAACAUUGGCCUCAUCCUCAUCGCGGUCCUCAAUGUGGCGGCGUGCAGCGUCCUCGGCAUUGCGCACAGCUGGAAGCUUGGCCUCGUCGUCGUCUUUGCCGGUCUGCCGCCUCUCCUCGGCAGCGGUUGGCUGAAAGUUCGCUUCGACGUCAAGCUCGACCAUCAGAUUGCCAAGAAGAGCGCCGCUAGCGCCUCCAUUGCUUCCGAGGCCGUCAACGCCAUCCGCACGGUGUCCUCCCUAACCAUUGAGAGGGAUAUUCUAGACCGAUACACGGCCGAGCUGGACCACGCCAUCCACGCCUCGCGCAAGCCGCUGGCGUCCAUGAUGGUCUGCUUUGCGUUCACGCAGUCCAUUGAGUACUGGUUCAUGGCCCUCGGUUUCUGGUACGGCUGCCGUCUCGUGUCCUUUGGGGAAACGACCAUGUACGACUUCUUUGUCGCCUUUAUGGGUGUCUUCCUCUCGGGCCAGGCAACCUCCCAGCUCUUUCAGUUCUCCACGAGCGUGACAAAGGGCAAGAAUGCUGCCAAUUACAUCUUUUGGCUGCACAGUCUGCAGCCCACCGUGCAGGAGACACCCGAGAACAAGGACCAUGCCCCCGAAGCGGGAGCGCCCGUGUCCGUCGACCACCUGCGCUUCUCAUACCCUCUCCGACCGGACGCACAGGUGCUCCGGGGCGUCGACCUCGAGAUAGGCAAGGGGCAGUUUGUCGCCCUGGUGGGUGCUUCGGGCUGUGGAAAGUCUACCAUGAUCGCCAUGCUCGAGCGUUUCUACGACCCGUCCACGGGCACGAUCCGCAUCGGUGACGACGCACUUCUCUCCUUGAACCCCCGCCUGCACCGUCGCAUCGUCUCGCUCGUCCAGCAGGAGCCCACCCUCUUCCAGGGCACGAUCCGCGACAACAUUGCCCUGGGCAUAGAUCAACCCGACGACGCCGAGGACAUGUCCGUCUCGGAUGAAGAUAUCGUGGCUGCUCUUCGCGCCGCCAAUGCAUGGGACUUUGUGUGCUCCCUGCCGGACGGCGUGUCGACAUCGAUGGGGAGCAAUGGCACGCAGCUCUCGGGCGGGCAGCGACAGCGCAUCGCCAUUGCGCGCUCGCUGGUCCGCAACCCGUCCAUUCUGCUGCUAGACGAGGCGACGUCCGCCCUGGACACCGAGUCGGAGAAGAUUGUGCAGGGUGUCCUAGCGGAAGCAGCCAAAGCCGGCAACCGGAUCACGGUGGCCGUCGCGCAUCGUCUGAGCACCAUCAAGGAUGCUGACGUGAUCUGCGUCUUUUACGGGGGCAGGAUCGUGGAAAAGGGCACGCAUGCCGAAUUGGUUGCGCAGAGGGGUCUGUACAGGAAGAUGUGUGAGGCGCAGAACUUGGACUAG